AAUUAACGAAAUGCAUUGUUGAGGUUGUUUACAUUAUAGACUAUAUUAACUUUAAGUCAAGAUAAUUUUACGCUAAAAAUACGCUAAGGAUAGCCAAGUAAGUUUCAUAACGUGCGAUUAUCAUGAAUGUGUCAGUUUUCGCGUCUUAAAAUUAAAUAAAAUUUUUAGUUUGUUGGGAAAUAUAAUUAGAAACUUCUGGAAUUAUAUUAAACCUUGGUGUUAUAUAGAAACUGAAUAGAUAUUCCUAAAAAAAAGUAAAAACAUACGUGAACAAAAUUACGUUGCAGCAAACUUGAGGAUAACCCAGGGACAUUUUAAGAUCGGAAUUAUGCAGAAGAAACAAAUUAUGUUGGGUUUAUUUUGGAUUCUAUUACUGUCUGGAGUAAACUGCAACACGUGUGCAGAUGAUCCGAAUUUUACAAGGGACGGUAACUCAUGCGAAGAUCUGGUGCAAGCGUCUACAAGGAAUGAAUGUUACGACCCGGAUGUAGAAACCCAAUGCUGUUACUCGUGCUCGCAAGUCAGCCUUAAUAAAGCAGGGUGUCUUUAUGGAGAUCGCAACACGUGUUUCAAAUUUUUGUGUCCCAGUUACACUGACGCUGAGAUCUCGUGUUGUGAGACUUGUGGAAUACAGUCCCCGACCACCACAACCACCACAACCAGCUUACCUGUUACAUCGUCUACGACAUCUUCUACCAAGACAACAGCCCAUCUGACUACAAAACCCACAACUUCUAAAACUUCAACAUCUACAACUGACAAGCCAAUAACGCUUACUACUACAUCAGUUGUUAGUACCUCUGAUAAAGUAACAACUAAUGCCGUGACAUCUGAAAAAGUGACUACUGGUGCCACAACAUCUGACAAAGUUACAAAUAAUGUCAUAACAUCAGAAAAAGUGACAACUAAUGCUGUUACGUUUGACACAACUUCUGAAAUCAUUACAGGGCCGACCACCGCUGUUUUGAAAACAACAGAAGCCUCAACGGCGAGUCCUGUGACCAGUAGCUCCACUGACAUUACUACGACAACCACUGUCACUCCAGUUGUUACAACUAAUAGCGAAACUACUUUAGCCAUGACUACAGGUCCCUCAACUGUAAGUGAUCAAACUUCAGGCGUAAAAACUGACACUACAUCUACUGCAACUUCAAGUUCUGUAUUGACUAGCACUCAUACAACAGAGAAUGUCACUAAAAGCCCCACAACUACUAGGAGUUCAACAACGGUCCCUAAAACAUCGGAGGCCGCGACAACUAAUUCAGUAACUACUAGUAGCUUAACAACUAGCGAUGUUUCAAACGGCACUGUAACUGCUAGGACAACUACAUCCGGUACUACAACCUCAACUUCUGCUGUCACUGCCGCCACUUCCGCUACUGCUAGUUCCACUGCUAAAAGCACUACCUCAAGUUCCGCUGCAACUACCUCCAUUUCCGCCGCUACUACCUCUACUUCCGGUGUCACUCCUUCUCUUUCUGCUACCAGUACCACCACUUUUGUUCCCACUGUUACAACAUCUGUUACCGAAACAUCUACUUCCGAUAUAACGGACAACACUGUAGGUGUGACUACAACAAAAACAAGCGCAGCCACCACUGGUUCAACUACAGUUGAGACUGUAGCAACUAGCGCUACUACUACUACUACUACUACCACUACCGCUUCAACUACCUCUACUACAGACACUCCUAGAACCAGUUCAACGAUUUCCUCAACAACUGCUGCUGCAACAACGGAAACCAGCUCUACUGCUGCAACAACGGGUACUAGCUCUACUGCUGCUACAAUUGGUACCAGAUCUACUGCUGCUACAACGGAUACCAGACCUACUGCUGCUUCAACUGUCGCUAAUACUUCUAUUGCAGCUACAUCGGCUUCCGCUACUACUGGUUCAGUGACUACAGACGCUACUCUUUCAAGUGUAGUCACCACUUCUGACACAGCUAGUAAAGCUACUACUUUAGCGCAAACGGUCGCAGUAACAAGUGUAACACAUGUUACACCGACGCAAGAUAUUACCAACACAACAGUAGUUACAACACCUACAAAGGGUUUAGAAGAUAAAGAAUCACAUCUUUCGCUUAUAAUAUCAUCAACAAUGAGUGGACUCAUUUUCGCCUUGGUGUUACUUACUUUAUGCGCGUGGCUGAUGUCAAACUCCAGGAGAAAGCACAGAGCGUUCCGACGACGGCGGAGGCCACCAGAUAUCGAGUCCCUUCCGGAAGCUAUUACUCCAACUUCCGCUAAGCCUCAUUCGGGAGCACCGGAAGCUAGGUCAUCACGAGAACGAUCUGCUGUUGAACCAUGUAUAAGCAUGAGGACUAUGAACCCGAAUACACCAUACUGGUUCGACGACAACUCAAGACAGUUUUUGAAAGAAGAAAUAGUUCCUUUUAGGGCUCGUGACUGGGACAGGCCCAGUUUUUCAACGAUAGGAUUAAGGGCUUCUUACGGCAGGACACAUGGCUGUUACCACUCGGCUUUAGGACUAUCAUCACACAGAAUCUGGGUCAGAUGAUUUAAGUAGAAUUAUAUUAUUUAAGACAGUUGAAUACCGCCAGAAACUUUCAUUUUAUUUAAUUUAUUCUUGAAUGCUCAUCCGGGCCCUGUUCUACAUGUCAAAGGUGUUAUCCUGAGAGCUUUCAAUAUGAAUGCCAGAUUUUUAUUUAUUUCCCCGUGACUUUUAAUGACUAUAUAGACAGAGAAAUCUCUGAUGAAAAAAAAAACAACAACAAAAAACAGAAAGAACAAUAUAAAAUAUGCAAUAGCUACUUAUUAAGAUUUGAUUACUGGUAGUCUUACAGUUUAAAUUAUAAAUAUAGCAUAAUAAAAUUUAGCAAUUUAUUACCUCGAAGGUCGUGUACAGACUUUAUCUAAAGAUGUGGGAUAUAGUUAAUAACAAGUACUAAUAUGGGUACACUUUUUGGGUUUAAACGACUGUUAUAUGAUAGGAAUCUUUUAAUUAUACAAGUUUAACGCACAAAAAAGAAAAAUUUAAUCUAAAGUUAAGGAUUAAUGUCAGGGCAAUGACACUCUAUGCAUGCAGCGGGUCGGGAGUCAGGAUUUGAGCUCAAGAUCUUUGGGUUUUGAGUCUGGCGGAACGUUAUCGACUGCAGUCGAGUGGUGUUUUUUCUUUUAGUUCAACAACCUUCGCCUGACACGUA